AUGAUUGAUCCAAAUCACGAAUUUGAUGAAGAAGUGGUACAAUUUUUUAAUUCCGUUAAAUUUCUCGGAGGCGAAAGAACUGUUAACUUUGUCAGGGGUCCAAUGUGGCAUGGAUGUGGUAAAGGAGGGGAACUUAGACCAGAAUGUUCCAAACCAAAUCUUGGUGGGCCAUCAAGAACAAUGCGGAAUAAGCGUUGUUCUGGAUAUACAACCAAGUCUGGCAUCGUAAAACCUUGGCUUGAUUCAUUUCUCCAGCUGUCGGAAGAUACAUCGGAUGUGAAGCCAUUGAUUGAAACAACAAUCAUAAAAGCAUUUGGCGUUGCUAUGGAGAACUAUGGUACUGCCUUAAAACCAGCCAUACAAUAUGACGAGAAACAACAGAUAAAUGUUGGCCUUAAAGAAAGAGCUGACAUUCGAUUUGUCAACUCAAAUCCAGAUCCGAAAGCAGAAUAUCUGAAGGAAAACAUUGUAACAGAAGCAAAUGUUACUUACCUUUCCACUGCUGAUAACACUGUGGCGAUGCCCGUCAGUGUACUUUAUAAGCCAAAGGCUGGAAAGAGCAGAGAAGAAAUGAAACAGCAAUUUCUUAACGAGGUUGAUGUCCUUCAAAUGUGCCACUCUUGCAUAAAGGUAGCAACUUCAAAUGAUCACAUCCUUGAAAAGGAAGCAGCGGCCAUUUGCAACAGCCUUUGCAAUACGUGCAUUGCAAUGAAAACUGUUUGUCCCGAGUGUAAAGAGCAAGGGCAAACUAGUGUCAGGCCGUCCUUAAGAGCUUGCCAAAGAUGUCUGGAAGCUGGUCAGCAAUGUGUAAGAGCUGCAGUUUUGGUUGUUGCAACUGACUGUGAAUCUGGCAAUAAGAAGGCAUUUGAAAUGAUAGCAGAGAGCAGAACUAACGGAACUUUAGAUCCACGGUCUAUUUUCAUUUGUCUUCCAGAUGCUGUGCAUGUUGGCAAAAGUCUGAAAUGCAAUUUCGCCAACUGGAUGGUACUGCUACGCAAUGAAAGAGAUGCUUGUCCAUGCUUCACACGAUAA